AUGUCAACUAUGGCUCUUUUGCGUUUUACACCCUCCUCUGGUAAAACUAACAGCCAUGCAAUUCCAUUUUCAUCACCAUUGUCAUCAUCAUCACCUCCACAGUUGAAUAACCGUUCUUUGUAUCUCACCAAACCAACCCAUUUGCCUCAAAGAUUGAAACUUUCUUUCGCUGGUGGUGAUGGGGUUGGUCGUGGUGGUGGUGGUAGUGGUGGUGGAGGUGGUGGAGGUGGUAAUUGGGGUGGUGCUGAUAAGGAUGAUGGAAAUUCUAAUUCAAAUUCAAAAGAUUCAUCUUUUGGGAUUUUGGGUUUGUUUCUGAAUGGUUGGAGAUCAAGGGUUGCUGCUGAUCCACAAUUUCCUUUCAAGGUUUUGAUGGAAGAGUUGGUUGGUGUUACUGCAUGUGUUUUAGGUGAUAUGGCUUCGAGGCCUAAUUUCGGUUUGAAUGAACUCGACUUUGUUUUUUCAACUCUUGUUGUUGGUGCUAUUCUCAAUUUCACACUCAUGUAUCUGUUAGCACCAACAUUAGGAUCUGCUUCAGCUACUUUGCCUGCAAUCUUUGCAUCUUGUCCUAAGAGUCACAUGUUUGAACCCGGUGCUUUUAGUUUAUUGGAUCGGUUAGGUACUUUGGUCUACAAAGGAACCAUUUUCUCUGCUGUUGGAUUCGGUGCUGGUCUUGCUGGGACUGCGCUUUCAAAUGGGUUGAUUAAGCUGAGGAAGAAGAUGGAUCCAACCUUUGAAACACCGAACAAAGCGCCUCCUACUUUGCUCAAUUCUCUCACUUGGGCUGCUCAUAUGGGUCUCAGCAGCAACUUUAGGUACCAAACACUAAACGGUGCUGAGUUCAUGUUGGAGAGAGCGCUUAAUCCUUUGGUGUUCAAGGCCUCCGUGUUGGUGCUUAGGGUUGCGAACAAUGUUCUUGGAGGAAUGUCUUUUGUGGUUUUGGCAAGGUUGACAGGAGCACAAAGUUCCGGUGAAAAGAAGCCGUCAGAAUUGGAGGUUGGAUUAGUUGAGAAAGCUGAAAGGGAAAGGGAAGAAGAGGCUUUGGAGAGUAGCAGCCAAACAACACAUACAAAGUGA